ACACAACGCCCACCCGCCCAAAUUAGCUUAUUUGAGGAAGGAGUAAAAGUGGGAAAAGAUUUGAUUUUGGAUUAUUACUCCGUAUAUGUAAUGGGCAGCGGACAGAGCGGAACGAAGAAAGCUGUCUCUUUCUCAUUCUUCGCUCAUCAUUCCUUCCGGAGACCCGCUCUGCCCAUUCUUACGGUGGACUUCUUCUUCCUUCCUUUUUUUUUUGUCUCCUUUAGAAUGCAGGAGAAAUCCAGGAAACCCAUGAAGAGGCUAGUAAGUUUUUGUAGAAGCAAUUAGAAUCAGCCUGUGCUUGGAGAAGCAAUAAGCAAUAAACACUCCCGAUCACAAUGCCAAGCAAAACCAAUAUUAAUGGCAGUUCUCCUUUUGUUGCUGGUUUUGAAUGAGAGGAUAGAACACGCUAGAGCUCAAACACCGGGAGAAUGCACCUUCAUUAAUCCUUUGAAACCGAGACCUCACAGAGCAUCCGUAUUGGACUUUGGUGCUGUGGGCGAUGGGAAAACUUUAAACACUGUCGCGUUCCAGAAUGCAAUAUUUUAUCUGAAGUCAUUUGCAGACAAAGGUGGUGCACAACUCUAUGUUCCAGCCGGAAGGUGGCUGACUGGGAGUAUCAAUCUCACCAGCCACCUCACACUAUUCCUGGAAAAAGAUGCCGUUAUCCUUGGAUCAGAGGAUUACACUCAUUGGGAUAUAAUUGAUCCUCUACCAUCUUAUGGGAGAGGUACUGAUGUACCGGGACAAAGAUAUCGAAGUUUGAUUGCCGGAAACAAUUUAGUUGAUGUUGCGAUAACAGGAAACAAUGGAACUAUUGAUGGUCAAGGUUCUGUUUGGUGGGAUCAGUUUGAUGCGCAUGCCUUGAAUUACAGCCGACCACAUCUAGUAGAGUUUAUUAGUUGCAGCAAUGUUGUUAUAUCGAACUUGACCUUUUUGAAUGCUCCUGCUUGGAACAUUCAUCCAGCAUAUUGCAGUAAUGUUGUUGUUCAGAACAUAACGAUUUAUUCUCCAUCCAAGUCACCAUACACCAAUGGCAUCGUUCCAGAUUCUUCGGAACAUGUAUGCAUCGAGAAUAGCAACAUCAGCAUGGGCCAUGAUGCGGUUGUACUCAAAAGCGGGUGGGACCAGUAUGGCAUUGCCUACGGUAGACCGACCACAAAUGUCCACAUUCGUGGGGUCCGCUUGCAGUCUAGCAAAGGUGCAGGAGUGGCCAUUGGUAGUGAGAUGUCUGGUGGCAUCUCAGGUGUGCUUGUGGAGAACAUUUACUUGCAUGACUCUUCAAUGGGGAUUGAGCUGAAGACAGCAAGAGGAAGGGGAGGUUAUAUAAAGGACAUCCUAUUCACUCAUAUAGUGAUGGAAAAUGUUUGGGUGGGAAUUAAUGCCACAAGUUAUGACGAAUCCCAUCCCGAUGACACAUAUGACCGAAAUGCCCUCCCCGCGGUCAGCAAUAUUACAUUUGUAGACAUGAGUGGCAAAGAUAUCUCCACGGCGGGAAAUUUCAAGGGAUUAUCCGAAUUGCCCUUCACUUCCUUUUGCCUUUCAGGCAUCUCCUUUUCCGUUUCAUCCUUUUCCCAAUCAAACCCAUGGAUUUGCUCCGAUGUUUCUGGGUUUUCAUCUGGUGUGUCACCCGAACCAUGCCCGGAGCUUUCCAGUUCAUCUUCAGCUUGCUUCUCCCUGCAGCAGCCACACACAUUUAGCCAACUUGCAGACAUGUAAACCAUGUGCACAGGAACCUGUUCAGUGCAUUGAAUCUCUACCAAGUAGAGACACAUUCUUUUGGGGGAGCAUAAUCUUGGAAUAAUUGCAAAAGUCAACUUCAAGCAGGUAAAGAUUUAUCUGGGAUGGCUUUGCAUUGUCUUCUGUACAGCAUUGCUUCUCAUUGCGUGUAAGAAAAGUUUUGGUAGUGCAGUCCAUUAUUCACAUUUACUUGGUUUUUAUAUUUUUAUAUAUAUAUACCAGAGCGAGGACAUUUUAUUUUCUGCUCCAAUGUUACAUUUGUAAAUUUGGGCAUGGAAACUGUUCAUGAUUGUUUGGUUUUACAUUGUGAUGUGAAAGGUGUUUCUGUAAUUCAAGCAAUAAAAGGUUAAAGCCGUU